AUGGUGGGCUUGGACGAGCUUCAGAAGCAGCAGAGGGCGGUGAUCUGGGUUUCGAGUCCUCCGAGAGCCGCGGCUGCUGUCCUGGCGCUACUGGAGAGGCAGAAUCCGGGCAUCGGCGCACUGAACUGGCGCGUCUUUGCCGAAAACAUAGAUGCUUCCCCUGACCAAGGGCGUUUGCCCGAGAUAUGUUCUAGGAACCUGACAGCGGUGGAGGUGACGACAGCUAGCAGUGCUGGGGGCACCAGAACGCUGGUCAUCUGCUCGGCCUACUUUCCGCAUGGAGAGGAGACACCGCCGACGGAGCUGGUGGAUCUCUGCCAGAAGGAAGGACUGCCACUGGUAGUGGGGUGCGAUGCUAAUGCGUACCACACCAUAUGGGGAAGUACCGAUACGAACGAAAGGGGAAGGAAGUUGCUGGAGUAUCUGGUAACGACUGACCUGGAGGUUCUGAAUAAAGGUAACGAAUCCACCUUCUGUGCGGCGGGGAGGAGUGAGGUAUUAGACCUCAUUCUCUGCUCACGCGGGUCUGUGCGGAAGGUGAGGGAAUGGAAGGUGUCGGAUGAGCCAUCGCUCUCCGACCACAGGCUAAUAUCUUUCAGACUUUCAGAUCUCAAAGUGGAAGCCAGGAAGGUGAGGAACCCAAAGAGGACAGACUGGGACUCCUAUCAGAGGGACCUGGAAAGGAACCUCAUGGAUUUCCCCAGAAAGCACGGGACGGCGAGGGAGCUGGAGCUCUGCGUGGAUCAUCUGCAAAGGGCUCUGAUUGGCUCCUAUGAGGCGAACUGUCCGGCUAGGACAAUCAUCAACAACAGGGGAACCCCCUGGUGGAAUCCACCGCUGCAGAGUCUCAAGAUCAAGGCUCGAAGAGCCUGGAACAGGGCGAGGAACACAGGCCAACCCUCCGACUGGGAUCUUUACAGGAAAACUCAGGAGUAUAGAGACUCUGUGGUAGAAGCAAAGAAAAAGAGCUGGCGGGAUUUCUGCGAGUCGGUGGACGGAAUACCGGCCACUGCCAGGCUAUGCAGAUUUCUGACCAGGAACCCAGACGCUGCGUUGGAGGCAGUUCAAAUGUCAGACGGUACCAUGGUAUCCGGAGAAAGAUGCCUGGAGCACCUUCUGAUGGCCAGCUUUCCUGGUUUCCGGAGGAAUGAACAUAGGUGCGAGGAGGUUGGCGCGGGCUCCUUCAGGGCAUGUGCCAACGAUUGGAAAUUAGCGGCAGAGAUAGUGAGGCUGUGA